GCGCCUCGUCUCCCCUCUUCCCUUUUCCUUUUCUUUCCCCCAGCCCAACCCGGGGGCUGCGGCUCUCCGGAAGGUCGGAGGAAGCAUCCGAAACCCUCGCCGCCGCCGCUACCGGCGACGGAAUCGUUAUCGGGAGGGAGGAAAGCCAUGGAGGGCGCCAACGGAGUCGGUGGGUCGGAGUGCGAGCGGAAGCCGCUGUCGGAGGUGGUGGGCGACUGCGUGCAGCGCUGGUUCCAGGACGCCUUCAAGGAGGCGCGCAAAGGGGACAUCGCCAACCAGGUGCUCGUCGCGCAGAUGUUCUUUUCCGGGUUCGGGGUCCCCAAGAACGAGUAUAAGGGAAGGCAAUGGAUGGAUAGGGCAUCAAGGUUCAGAAGUUCAGCGUUGAAGGUUGGCAUGAAACGUCCAGGAUACAAUGCAAGUGAUUCUGACUCUGAUGAGGCAAAUGAUGAUGCCAACCAAUAACACUUGGUUAUAAAUUGAGUUAGUUAGGGGAAUUACAGGGUAAUUACAAAAGUCAUGGUUAAUCGUGUCAGUCCCAGCAACUUAACCUGGCUGGGACUGCUGCUUUCGGUUGGGCUUCAGCUGUGGGCGCCAGCUAUCAAGAAAAUCUUGUAAACCCAUUUGGAUGCUUCAAAGUACAGUGUACUCAGUAUCUGUUUGAGAAUACCAAGUAGCCUAUUCAAUUUGGCAAUGUUUCAGUAAAUUGAUUGAAUUUAUUUUUAUCCCCCUUUUUUUCAUUCCGCUAUUAAAUUAGGCGCAUAUAAUGUUGAAUAAUCCAUUUUGUGGGGUCUUAUGCUGAGUACGCUGUUAAA